AUGCCGCAAGCCGACGACGAAGAUUUUGACACAGCUCUGACCGGCCAGAUUGGUCUGGCGAAUUUGGAUAACAUGUUCGACGGCUCCACGGAACACGCCGCGGACGCUGUUGAUUUCGAGGAUGAAGAUGAGCUGGCCGAAGAAGAAGAGGAGUCGUCCAAAGAGGAGGCAGACGAAGAGCCGGAGGAGGAAGAAGAGCAGGAAGAAGACGAUGAAUUCAUGAAAGAGCUCCAGGAGGAAGCGAUGGAGGGCGUUGAGGGCGAUGAGGGAGAAGAUCAUGGAGGAGCCAUAUUUGACAACAGUGUGGCAAACAUUGGACUGACCGAUCUCGAUUACGAGCACACGCAGGGUCUAGACGAACACGAAGGGAUGGAAUUUGCGCACGGAUCGGAAGACGAAUACGAUGCUGAAACCAGAAGAGCUUUAUCCGAGAAGAAACGUCUUGAGGCACGACAAAAAUUGCUUAGGCUGUAUUAUCCAACGUUCAAGCGCGGAAAACCAAUACGAAUGCAAACUCUCUUUCCAAUUAUCCCGUUGCGAUACAGUUACCAAGUUCCCCCGCCAAUCAAGCGUCCACUGUUACCCACGAAGCUGACUUUUGAGUUCCAACCAGAUACCAGAAAAACAUUCAGAAAUGCCACUAAAAUAACCACUGCACAAGAAUCCAAAACACAGCAAAGGAUAAUCGAGAUUUCCGAAACUGAUUUACAGAGCGUACAAGUGGAGCCUGAGAAACACGAGGUGGCCAAGCAGUCAAUAGAAGACUUUGGCGAAGACAUUGCAAUUGCUACAGCCGAUUGGGACGACGAUCAGAUCAUUGAAGGAAGCGAGUUUGAUACACCUGCUACCAAGCGACUCAAGCUUGACUGGGUGGAUUCCGAUGGAUGGGAUGAUGAAGAGGAUGAGCUUAUUUUUGAGGGAUCGCUCAAUACGGAAUUGUUGAAUCUCAAGCUUGAUCAAAACGAUCCACAUAUGCUGUUCGCCAGAGAAAGAAGCGAGAAGGAAGAUGUCGCCGCAAGAAAAGCCAUCUUGGCCAAAAUACCUACGAACGAAAAAACUCUGGAAUUGCGUUUCAAGAUCUCUAACGACAAAGAGUACGACCAACUAAGAAAGAGCUACCGGACCAAGGUCAGAGCCACGAUCGGUAAUAUGAGUAUUGACCACUCGGUGCCCGCUCUCAAGUUGCAGUUCCCAUACUACAAAGUCAGACUAGCUGAAAAAGAAAUGCGGUUUCCUCAUAGACCGCAGUUUACUGUCCGUCCAAAUACAAUCAUGGUGUUUUCCAAGGUGAAGACCAGAAAGAAGAAGAGAGACAAGGGAAAGGAACCGCGUGAACUAUUCAGGGAAUCUUCUGAUUUAACAUUAGGAGAUUCCGCCAACUUCUUCUUGCUCGAGUACAGCGAGGAAAAUCCUAUCGUGCUCAAUAAUUUCGGUAUGUGUUCUAAAUUGAUCAAUUACUACAGAAAGCUCAAUGACGAUGACACGAUGCGUCCUAAACUCCCUGUGGGAGAAACACACGUUUUAGGAUUGCAGGAUAGAUCACCGUUCUGGAAUUUUGGAUACGUGGAACCAGGACAUAUUGUGCCUACAUUGUACAACAGAAUGAUCAGAGCUCCUAUUUUCAAGCACGAGCCACUCAGCACCGAUUUCCUGCUCAUCAGAAGCUCAGGAGGAGGCUCUUCACAAAAAUUCUUCCUUCGUCCAGUCAACUACGUCUUCACUGUGGGCCAGACGUUACCGGUGAUGGAGGUUCCUGGACCUCACUCAAGAAAAGUGACGGCCACCUCCAAAAAUAGACUCAAAAUGGUUGUCUAUCGUGUUUUGAAUCGAAAUGAAGAGCGCAGACUACUGGUCAGAGAUAUAGCAGAUCAUUUCCCAGAUCAAAACGAUAUGCAGAAUCGUCAGCGAUUAAAGGAAUUUAUGGAAUAUCAAAGGAGUGGAAAUGACCAGGGGUACUGGAAAGUGAAGCUCACAGACACCCUUCCGAAUUACGAGGAGAUUAGAAACAUUGUUUCACCCGAGGACAUUGCUUUGCUGGAUGCCAUGCAGGCCGGUAAUCAAAGAUUAGAGGACUUGGAUUCCUACAAACGAGAAAGGCUGGAGGACGGAACUCCAAAUGCUAGUCUCACUGUCCAGUCUCCCGCUAAUGAGGCUGGAUCAAAAAAGGAGCGUGAUCUCAUGGCAAAUGAUGGUCCUCUCUCCGUGCAGCUUGCACCGUGGAAUAUUACUCGAAACUUCGUUGCUGCUACUCAUGGCAAGGCCAUGCUUCAGAUUUACGGUGAAGGAGACCCUUCAGGAAGGGGAGAGGCAUUUUCCUUCUUGAGGACUUCCAUGAAAGGAGGUUUCAUCAAGAACGCGGCAAAUCUGAGCGAGGAAAUUGUUUUUCCUCUGAGGAAUCCGGAGAAAGAAGAGAAAAAAAGCGGUAUCACUCAUACGUAUAAUGUGGCUAUUCAGCAAAAGAUUUAUGAGAAAGAAAUUGCCAAGGUGUGGUUCAAGCAAUGGAAAGCUCUCAGCAAAACCAGAAAUAGCGAUAAGCCUCGUCCAAUUGAUCCAAAAGAACUGGACGACACGAGAAACUUGAACACAGCAAAUGAAACCCUUAACCGCGAAGUAGGGGGAACAGAAAAGCCCCGGUAUCUCAAGAUUGUAAGAAUGGUCAAGGACGCAUACGGAAUCUUGCAGAGGCGUGUGGAGAUUGUCAAGGAUCCGAAAGUGGUGGAACUGUACGUUAAAAGGCGACAACGGAAGCUUUUGGAGGAUCCAAUGGAACUUGACACCGAUAACAUCGUCCUGACCAAUGAUGCAGAGGAAAAUAAAAAGGUCAAAAAGAAGCUGGAGGAAGAGCUUGCUAAACUUCAGAGAAUGCAAGAAAAGAGAAAGAAAAGGGGUCUUAAUACGAUUAAUAUCGAUAGUGAAGGUCGCAUCAGCGGCAAGGGCAUCGGAAAAGGCAAGUCCACCAGCAGAAGAUGUGCUACGUGUGGUGCCCUGGGCCACAUCAGAACUAACAAAACUUGUCCGUUGUAUUAUACUGUCCACAACAAAUCAAAUCCUAACUACAUUCCUGGAACGGAGGGAGCUGUUGAUUUGUUGCAAAAUGAAAACGAAGCUAAUCAGCAGAACGAAACGCAACCUAUUUGA